AUGCCUAAAAAGUGCACAAAUGGACAAGAUUGUAGAAAAUAUAAAUCAUACGAAAAUGGCGAAGAUAAUAACGCUUCAAUUCUCCAGCCAAUCGUAUUAGUUGGUAUGAUAAUUACGUUUUAUAUUAUAUUUUUUAGAAUGUUUAAAAGACGAUUUAUAGAUAAUAGUGAGUUUGGAAGAAAAACUACUAAUAAAAGUGAGUAUAGUAAGCCUAUUAUUUCACUAUGCUUAAAUGAUAUCGUUUUAAAGAUCAUUGGUAACAAUGCACACAUAAUUGAAAACGUUAUAGAACCAUUGACCCAAUUAUGUUCAAUCUCAGAAGUAUUUGUAGUUGCACAAGUUUCAAAUGAUACUCAAGAAACAAAUAUAAUUAAUCUCUUAAAAAAAACCGGGUUAUUUGAUAAGGGUUUAAAAGAACAUCGUUUGAUGUUUUGUUCAACUUCAAAUGGAAGAGCAUCAAUGAUACGCCAAUUACGUCCACUUACUCAUGUGGAUAAUGACGAAACUGUAAUAAAAACUCUAACAGGUAAAAUUCCAAAUCUUGUUCAGAUAUAUGGAAAUACAAAUACCGGUGGUAAUUCCAACGCAUUCACGUCUUUACAAGCGUUUACUCAAGUUAUUUGUGCUGUUGCAACCGUAGAAGGUAUAAAUUAG